AUGUCUUCCUCUCUGCGCGAUGCCAUUCCAGAGCCGGACCAUGCGUCCUCAGAUAGCGAUUCUACUUCCGACAGCCUGAGCCCCGCCAACGACGAAGGAUGGGAGGACGUGGAGCCAGAAGACGAUUCGCAACCCGUGGUGGGACUGUUCAGUGCAGACGUAUAUCCUGACGUUCGUCUGAUGCUGAAGGAAACGAAGGAAAAGUACAAUUUUGACCUGGUAAAGGUGCGGAAGGAUCUUGAUCUUGGCUUUCUAGACGCCAUCAAACUAGUCAACUACAUACGGUUGGAAGUACAAAAGGGUAACAAGAGUCCCGAUGUUAGCUCAAAGUCGCUCUUUAAUGACGAUGCAUACCUGAAGCCGGUCCUUGACGACGAUGCGUUGCUCUAUAGCUUGGAUGACUUGGCGGAUGACGGUGAAGAAGACGGCACCAAUAACCAGAACACAGAAAAACGUGUCCAUGACCUUGAGGAAGAGCUGGAGCUCCUUCGAGGUCAAUUCGCCAAUUACAGAUUAGACGUGCAAAGGUCCAUGAGUGAGCAGCUUCAGUCAACUGAUGACUCAAUGAGUGCGAAACCUGCAGUUCCCAAAACCGAGAGCAGCAGUAGGAUUGAAGAGGCUGAUGCAGACUACUUUACCUCAUACUCCACCAAUAGUGCGUUAUCAAUGUUAUUGUUAGUUCAUAUUUGGCAGCCGACUAUGCUCAAAGACACGAUCCGCACGGACUCAUACCGAGACUUCAUCUAUGACAAUAAAGGCUUGUUCAAAGGCAAGGUGGUUCUAGACGUGGGUUGCGGCACUGGAAUUUUGUCCAUGUUCUGUGCAAAAGCAGGGGCCAAAACGGUCAUCGCAGUAGACAAUUCCAAUAUCAUCCAAAAAGCCAGAGAGAAUGUUUACAAGAACGGAUUUGCAGACAUAAUUCACUGUGUUCGUGGAAAAAUCGAAGAAGUCACUUUGCCAGUUCCCAAAGUCGACAUCAUUGUGUCGGAAUGGAUGGGAUAUGGUCUACUCUUUGAAGCAAUGUUGGAUUCUGUCCUUUGGGCGAGGGACCAUUACUUGAACCCAGGUGGACUCAUGGUACCUUCCCAUACGACUCUACGGAUCGCCCCAUAUGUGGAUUCUGACUUUGUCGACUCACAUGUGACAUUCUGGAAAUCGGUUUACGGCUUUGACAUGUCCGCUAUGCUUACCAAUAUCUACGAUGAGGCUAUUGUCACUACUACGAAGCCCGAACACGUCGCCGGCGAUUCCGCCGUUUUCCUCCCACUUCCGCUCCACACCAUAACCGUGGAUGAGUUGACUUUCUUGAAGAAUUUUGAGGUCACUCUCAAAGAAGACAUUGAUGCACUUGAUGGAUGGAAUAUUUGGUUUGACACCUUUUUCAUGCCGUCUCCCUCUACAAAAUUUGACAACAACGCCGUUCCGUCAGUCAUGAAAAAGGAAGGGUUUGUGGCAUUCACAACGGGCCCGUUCGGAACAGAGACUCACUGGCAACAAUGCGUUUUGCUCGCUGAUCACAGUGAGACAAAAGCCGUGCCGUUGAAAAAGGGCCAAGUCAUCAAAGGUAGCAUAGCCUACCGAAAGAAAGAAGAAGGGUCGCGUGCCCUGGAUAUUGACGUUUGCUGGAACAUUGAGGGUCUUCAAGAGCGAAAGCAGACUUGGUCGUUGCAAUGA